AUGGUUUUGUGCCCUGCGCUAGGUGAUACCGUUACAAUCGAUCAGUUUCGACAUAUAUAUUCGAACAGCAAUGUUCAGGAUGCGUUCAAAUUUGCGCAUCUGAAUAUUCAGGAUCCACUGGAAUUGUCGCAUAAUGUCUCGAUGCUAAUUUCUGAGAAGCGCAUAUCGUCGUUGCGUCGCCAGAUGAUGUUCGCACUAUCGCAUCUGAAAGCCGAGCCAGAUUCGUUUGUGUCUACUUUACAGAUAUCACCUGAUAAUAAUAAUUCGGCAACCAGUUCCGCCGCUUCCUCAUCCAGUAAGUCGGUGAUGUUUUUUACCAUAUUUUCUUUUAUGCUUCGUAAUACUUCCUUAUACCUCCUAGCGGCUCGGUAA